AUGCAAUGGGCUGACCUGCGAGGGCUGAGCAGCUCGACCCGAAGAGUUGCACGGAUGACCACGACGACAGCGACCCGACGACAGCUCCCGCUGCUGCUCCCAUUACUACGUACCCCAGUCUCGUCGUCGCGAUGGUCAGGAGGAAACAAUCGGGCGUUCUGGACGGGUCCCCGGGCCCUUGCCGGCGAUAAAGGAAAAAGAAACAAGAAGAAGGACAACUCGCCGUCGAUAUUCGAAGAGAUAUUCCCAGACGAGGACACUUCGUCCUUCCCUUACCGGCGACGCCCGGACAAUGAGUACCAGAUUAGUCGGCAGCCCACCCGCGACGACAAGAAGAAUGAACCUGUAGACAAUGAUGCAGACAAGGUCCGCUUCGUCACCUCAAUCCACGUCGACAAGUCUGAGGCAAGCGUGUACAGAGCGGCCCAAAAAGCCGCCAAGAAGGAGGCCUACUUCAAUAAAAAGCAGCAGGCAAUUUCCCAGAUUCCGGAUCUCCUGCUGCCCACGCCAAAGGGAGACUGGGGCAAAUCUGGACAAGUCGCGUCGAAGAAGGAGGGGCCGUCCCUCUUUGACGAGCUGUUCAAGAGCGAAGAUCCCCCAAAGAUAGCCAAAGAUGGAGAGCAGGUAGUCGAGAGCAGGUCUGUCAAUCACCGUGACUUGCAAGCCUGGAUAGACUCCCUCGUCAAAGAAGACGGGGUCAGUGAGACGGACAGGGAACGGCCCGCGAUGCUCAUCCUCUCUAAUGCCAGUACCAAUCUUUCCGAGAGCGACUUCUACCGUGUGGGACCGCAGGGCCAGCAUCUGGAUGGCUGGAGUGCAUCCAUCAGCAAGGUAAUGCAAGCCUACGACUACAACAGCCUCCAACCGCUAGGCCGGUACUUCAUCCUCUUUGACUCCCACGCCGCCGCAGCAUCCUACCAGAAAGAAGCCCAGCGCCGCCACAGUCUCGCCCGCCGCGCCCAGCAAUCAUCCGUUCUCGGCCCUGCUCAACCGAACGCGGACCAGGUCUUCACGCUUCUGCCCCCGACCAGAGCACCGCUGAGCCUGCACCUUUACAAGGUCAACAAGGCGACCGAAGCACGCCUUGAGACCUUCAGCAUCCAGGGACUGCUGAGCAUGACCCCCGACCCACCCCCGCGCGCCUGCUCUCAGGUGAUUCUUUCACUCGAGGGCGGCACGCUGGACCAACGCUCCUUGUCACAGUGGAUCCGGCGUGAUGCGCGAGAGAGGAACCUGGGCUGGCCAGUGCAACACCUGCGCCCCUAUUUUCCGCCAAAGGUAGACCAGAAGCGUGCGGCGUUUGCCGACGAGACGGAGGAUGCCCCGGAGAACUACGAGUGGGACGAAGACACGGCACCGACGAUAGUGCCCAGCCAGGGUGUCAAGGAUUCCUUGGAUGACACGGCCAGGUCGGCGCUGUUUGUGCUGUCGUUCCCGGAUGUCCACGAAGCGCGACGAUUCGUACGGGCGUGGCAUAGGAAGGAGCUCGUCCGGCCACGAGGCCAGAAUGUGUUGGUGAGCACCCACUUGGUUUGGUAA